UGCUUCAAUCCAACAAGGUUUCUCUGCUCUUACCGUUGCCUACCCAACCAAAAAAUUUCACUCAUUAUAUUUGCUAUUCAAAUUAGUAGCGUCAUGAUCAUGUAGGGCUGGAGCGCUUAGCCAUUUGACCACCGUUCACAAAUGUACUCUUAAAUCACAAAAAACUGCUCGAUCUGACUCUAAAAUGGCUGAAGAAGCGAGCGGUAAAGAGGGUGAUUCUUCCUCUGAAGAAACAACUCCAAGAUAUUUGCAUUUCCCCGAUGAAGAAGCCGAAGAAAUGGAUCAAGGCGAGCGAAUUCGAACUAUCAUAAGUUUCUUCGGAGUUGGACUAAUAAUGCAUGGUCUUUUUUCUAUCAUCAUUUCUGGCUCUCAGGACAUACUUGGAGGGACAUAUAUACCUACAACAGCAGUAAUAAUCGCUCAUGUAGGGCCUAUGGUACUCAUAGUCUACACUUUCCCUUGGUUUAUGCAGAAGAUGUCGUAUUUUAUUCGCAUACUAGCUGUCUUCGCAUUCAUGGCUGGGGGAUUCGUCGUCAUAUCGUUUGUCGAGAAUCCUUAUUUAAAAAUCAUUGGGGUAUCACUCAACGCUGUUGCUCAUGCUUUGGGAGAAAUAACUUUCUUAGCUUUGGGAACUUUUUAUGGGGAUAUAUCUGUGACCUCGUUUGCCGCAGGGAGUGGAGCAGGCAUCCUUGUUGGACCUGUUUAUUAUCUUGGUCUGACAUCGUGGGCUUGUGUGUCACCGCAAGAAACGAUGAUUUUCGCUUCAGCGGGUUCCCUGUUGAUUCUCGUAUGCUACUACAUUCUCAACAAAGAUCGCAUCAAAUCACAUGCCAUUGCUGCCACCUACAACAGCACGAAAUACAGCGUCGUCCCAAUCAACAGUAAAGGAGAUCCUGUACAGCUUGCAUGGUCGGAAAAACUCUCCGCUGCCAUGAAAAUAGCUCCAUUUAUGGUUUCACUUUGCGUUGCCUACAUCAUGCAGUACCUUACCAUUCAAUCUGUGUUCACCACAAUGUCGUUUCAAAACUCUCCCUUCCAUCCAAGAGACCAUUACGUAUAUUAUGUGGCUGUUAACGGGCUUGGGGAGUUAGUAUCACGGUCGUAUCUUGGUAUUCUAUUCUGUGUCAAGCCGCAGGUUGCAGUUAAAAUAGCUGUAAACAAGACAUGGAUUCUAUCGGUAUUGUUGACAGGACUUUUCGCGCUGUCCGUGUGCGCGUCGUGGUUUCGAUUCAUCGACAACGCGUUUGUAGUUUUAUUUAUGUCUUUCCUAGUGGGUUUCUUGUCGGGUAGUGUGUAUGCGAACACUUUGGUAUCUGUACGUGAUUCAAUAGAGCCGAGAUAUCAGGAGUUUUGCCUAGGACUCGUCACCGCUGGGAUUGAUAGCGGAGCCCUGAUUGGAAGCUUUGUUGGUUUGUGGCUUGAACCAGUAUUGCGCACUCAUUGCCAGCGUAUGGUACCUAAAGGUGCGAGCUACUGCUUCACGAGGCACGAAAAGAGGGCUUGGACUGAAGCUAUUUGCAAUGGAAAACCCGUGAAAAUUAAAAUCGAAAUUAAACGCUAAAUUAAGACAGGCGUUGCUAGACGACGAGGGGAAAGUUCAUUUAUAUCGAGUCAUGAUUUUCAUUCCCACCCACUCCUGGUAUGGAUAUAGAGUGCUUUUCGUGAAAAAAAAGAAUGAAUGAAUGGAAAGAAAGAAUGAAAGAAAGGGGAAAACGAAAGAAGGGUACAGGGCUACCAAACACACAUUCCUCUCCUCUUCUCUCUUCGUCAAGGAACGCCUAUCUAUAAUCUUAACUUUUAUGCAUCACUCUGCUUUGGAGAAAAAAAAUUUGAAUGUGAAAUAGCCUCGGUACGUAUGGACAUGUCCGUACCAGGACGGUGCUGCGUUCGAGGAUGUUCAUCGCUAAGCAGCGACAAUGCGCGCUGUGAUUGGUCCACAGAAUGUGGUACGUCAUUCCUUGCCGUGGCCGUGCCAUUUCACAGUCAUACGAAAACAAGUCACUUUAAAUGUUUCUCUUUUGAUUAAAAUAUAGAAUAGUUGUAGUCAAAUAACGAAUGAAAAGGCAAUGGCAGGUUCCAUGAUUUUCGUUGUUUCUUCAAUUUGCGUGAUACUUCUAAAGAUACUGCUUAAAUUUCUGAUCUUGUCGUUCUCCGCAUAGCAAAAACAUGAGUAGAAAAGACAUUCGUAGUUUUCAACUAAGUAAUAAAGAAGACAAUAAGGGCGGGAAAGCGAAAACCUCCGAUGGCAAAAAUACACGAAUUUGGACAAUAUUUUGAACCAUUUGUAGUGACAGUGGAAGUUUACGCUUGGUUAUUAGGUUAUUAGAAAUAUAUUUUUUAUAUUUUCUCUUUUUCUUUGUUAAUAUGUCUGUAGCGUUACAAAAAACACAGGGAGCCCAUGUCAGUUAAAAGUCAUGGAAUAGCAUUUAACUUAUGAAUAAGGGAUCUAAAUAUUAUAUGUAUUUUGUGUAUCGACUCUUGAAUGUACUUUGAAGAUCUUCUUUGGGGAUUGUUAUGAAAUAAAUGUGCUUUAUUCGCCA